GAAAAUUGUUGUGGCAAGCUAGGAAUUGAAUGAGAAUCUCAGCCACCUACAUCCUCCCUCAGUUUCUAUGAUUGAUCGUAUCCUCCAUUCAUUCCUAUAUAAACGUUUUUUCACCACGCCUCUCCAGAACCCACAUCCUCAAUUAAUUGGUAGACGAACCAGUUCCUAAUAUUAAGCACGAGCGUGGCGAGAGGUAAAAAUUGGGGUGGAUCAGUACCAUAAAUUUUUACACAAAAAUUUUUAUUCUUAAAGCGAAACAUGUUUCAUAUUUGAGGUAGGCCGGGACUCAGUUAAGCUAGCCCCCUACUUCCGCUAUGUGUUACGUCUCGUUGCGGUCAUUGAGUGCAUUGAUCUAGGGUUCAAUUCUAAUUAACCCUUGCAAUGAUAGUGUAGAAGUUUUGUUCAAUGUGGCCUCUUCUCGAUAUUUGAGCAGGGGCGGAGUCAGGACACUGGGUCGGACUGACCACUUUUUAAAUUUGGACUGGAUCAGGAUCAGGAUUGGCUCCCUAACUACACCCUGUAUCCGAAACCAUGGGCGGAGCUAGGAGUCUACUAGGCCCGACUAGUCCCAAAAUCCAUACUGGGAAAAAGUUGUGAGACGUGAUUUAAUUUUUCCUCCAAGACUAUGUAAGGCAGGAUGUGAGGGCAUAGGGCGGGUGUUCAAUCCCACUUUUUGUGUGCAAUGUUUAUUUGCUGGCUAACUAGUUGUGUGCAAUGUUUUUUUGUGUGUUGGUUUAAAGUUUUGCUUUAGUUUUAUUUUUUUGCGGGUUUGGUAAGUAUGAGUUUUAUUAAUCUAAAACUCCGCAAUAUACUAACCUGAGACUUGCAGGAUAACAAUAAACUAAUCCGUCAUCUCAAAUCGGUGGGAUUCUAAGAGAACCGAGUUAAGAAGGCACUUCAAUACUGUGGAAAAAAUUAGACAAUGAAGGCCAUUAAAGACAGAAUUGUUAAACAUGACGAAGACGACCAGGUUGUCCGCGAGAUCCCAAUUGAAAUGGUGGAUGAAGAUUCUGAUCCAUUUAUGUCGAAAGAAGUAAAGUCCACAGCACAGAGACUAAGAGUUCGUGGGAAAAUUCGGAUGGAACUAGAUACGGCGAAAAAGAGAGAUGACAUUGUUCAGCCAAAUGUCCUUCAAGAAGCUAAUAGACUUCGAAAGGAAUUAGACAAUGUUCGACAUAUGUUCAUUGGAGUUCGAGAACAAAUAGAUAAUGUUCGACUUCAAAUCGAUAUUGUUCGAGAAGAAAUCAACAUUUUUUGGGAAGAAGCAAGAUCAAUUGGACAUAAAAGUCGUUCUCAUCAUGAUCGACAAGCUUAUCGCCAAAAGGGUGGUGGAGUUAGGGAUGAAGCUGAUAGAGUUCGUGGUGAAGCUGACAGAGUUCGGGGUCAAGCUGAUAGAGUUCGGAGUGAAGCUUAUGCUUUCCGAAGUACUAUUAAUUAUGAUUCAAUUGCAGAUAUGCGUGAAGCACAAAAGGUUUGUGAGGAAGCACAAAGGGUUCGGGAUGAAGCACAAAGGGUUCGGGAUGAAGCACAAAAGGUUCGAGAUGAAGCAGAUGCGGUUCGAAGGAAAGCAUAUAUGAUUUGAUGAGAACGCUUUAACAAUAAUCAACCAAAAUGUUUAAUAACAAAAAAAAACACUUACUAAUUGUUUGGGCCUUUGGUAAUUUCUCAUUACUUAGUUGGCUUCUUUGUAAUAUUUUAUCCUUGGAAUAUUAACAUUGUGUCUUGGAUAGUUGGUGUAUUAAGUCCUCUUAUUCUCUUCAAACAUCUCGAUUCACUCUCUCUGAAAACUCAAGCUUUAUAAGUUUCUUUUUCUUAACUGAAAUUCUUCAGUUCUUGUUUUCAUUAUUUUAUUAUUAAUUGCAUCAGAUUGGCC